GCGCCAGGGCCCCGGGUCGAGAUCCCGGCCGGGAUCGGAGGCCCCUUCCUGGGGGAGCUUCCUGCCGCGUCGCCCCGCGCUGCGCCCGCCCCCCUGUCCGGGCCGCUCCUUGUAUGGUCCGGGCCCGCGCUCCCCGCGCCCCGCCCCGCCCCGCGCCCCGCCCCCCCGCGGCUAGAGGCGGCCGCUCGGCCCGGGACGCGCAGUCCCAGCCCCGCGCCCAGCGGCCCGCAGACGCGGUGCGCACGCCCGGCCCGCGCCCGGCCCGGCCAUGGCGGCCCCCCGCCCGCCUCCCGCCAUCUCCGUCUCGGUUUCGGCUCCGGCUUUCUACGCCCCGCAGAAGAAGUUCGGCCCGGUGGUGGCCCCCAAACCCAAAGUGAACCCCUUCCGCGCGGGGGACAGCGAGCCCGCCCCGGCCGCCGGGGCCCAGCGCGCACAGAUGGGCCGGGUGGGCGAGAUCCCCCCGCCGCCCCCGGAAGACUUUCCCUUACCGCCCCCGCCCGUCCUUGGGGACAGCGACGAAGCCUUGGGCGCUCUGGGAGGUGCCUUCCCACCCCCUCCUCCCCCGGUCGAUGAGCCCUUUCCCCCAGCACCUCUGGAGGAGGAAAUCUUCCCUUCCCCGCCUCCCUCCUUGGAAGAAGACGGAGGAACUGAGGGCCCCCUGCCGUCCCCGCCACAGCCCAGGGAGAAGGUGAGCAGUAUUGAUCUGGAGAUAGACUCGCUGUCCUCCCUGUUGGACGACAUGACAAAGAAUGAUCCCUUCAAGGCCCGGGUGUCAACUGGCUAUGUCCCCCCACCAGUGACCACACCUUUCAUUGCCAAGCCCAGUACUAAGCCCGCAACUGGGGCUGCCGCCCCCAUACCCCCCUGGAAGACCCCUCCCAGCUCCCAGCCCUCGGCCCCAGUACAGCCACAGAGCCAGCCCCAGCAUCGGGUCCAGCCCCAGCCCCUGGCCCCCCGGCCGGCCAAGCCUCAGGUCCAGCCCCCCACCCAGCACCAGCCUGUAACUCUGGCUCCCAGCCAGCCUCGAGGACCCCCAGCCCCAUCUCCAGCUCCGAAGUUUGCUCCGGUGACCCCCAAGUUUACUCCGGUAGCUUCCAAGUUCAGCCCGGGAGGAGGCCCAGCUGGACCCGGGGUCCAGCCACACCUGAAGCAGGGGCCCCCGGAAGCUCCCUCGCCCACUGACGCAGGCUCUCCGCAGCCCCCCAACUUCACGUAUGCUCAGCAGAGGGAGAAGCCCCGGGUGCAGGAGAAGCAGCAGCCUGUGCCCACACCACCAGCUCCCAGCCAGAACCAGGCCCGCUUGCCUGGGGCCCCGGGACCUCUGACGCUGAAGGAGGUGGAGGAGCUGGAGCAGCUGACCCAGCAGCUGAUGCAGGACAUGGAGCACCCGCAGAGGCAGAGCGUGGCCGUCAGCGAGUCCUGCGGCCACUGCCAUCAGCCUCUGGCCCGUGCCCAGCCCGCAGUCCGUGCCCUGGGGCAGCUCUUCCACAUCACCUGCUUCACCUGCCACCAGUGUGGGCAGCAGCUCCAGGGACAGCAGUUCUACAGCCUCGAGGGGGCGCCGUACUGUGAGGCCUGCUACACUGACACCCUGGAGAAGUGCAACACAUGUGGGCAGCCCAUCACGGAGCGAAUGCUGAGGGCCACGGGCAAGGCCUACCACCCCCAGUGCUUCACCUGUGUGGUGUGUGCCUGCCCCCUGGAGGGCACCUCCUUCAUCGUGGACCAGGCCAAUCGGCCCCACUGCGUCCCCGACUACCACAAGCAGUACGCCCCCAGAUGCUCUGUGUGCGCAGAGCCAAUCAUGCCCGAGCCGGGCAAGGAGGAGACCGUGCGUGUGGUCGCACUGGACAAGAACUUCCACAUGAGGUGCUACAGGUGUGAGGACUGCGGGAAGCCGUUGUCCAUCGAGGCGGACGACAAUGGUUGCUUUCCCCUGGAUGGCCACGUGCUGUGCCGGAAGUGCCACACAGUCCGAGCACAGACCUGAGUGAGGACUGCGUGUUUGCCACGCGCCGACCGCCCACACCGCCCCCGCCAGGCCCUCUCCCUACCGCUCAGUUAUUAUUAUUAAUAUUAUUAUUUUUACUUCGAGCCCCUUCCUCCAUUCCACACCCCACUAAUCUCCUAAACACCCUGGCUGAGUGCUCAAGAGUCCUGGCCCUGGGUAUCAUCCCCCCACCCCACCCCUUCCUGCAGGGACCACCCACGGUCUUCCUGGUGCUCCCUAGGGAGAGGCUGCUGCUUUCACUGCUGCACCCCUGCCCUCAGCCUCUGAACGGCCUGCGUGCUCUGUUUGCCGGGAACCUGGAGAUCCUGGGCUCUGACCUUGUGUGUGUGUGUGGGGGGGGGGGGGGGCAGGGCUGACCCCUGGCCAUUCCCAUCCACCCCCUCGCUGCCAGGUUGUGGCUCCAUCUACAAAUAAACUUUGAAGUUGUUUUCAGAA